AAUCAGUUUUUAGUUCCAUUAAUUGAUGGUGUUCCCCACACUAUCCACCAUCACCAUCAGACAUGGAAACUCAUUGUAGCUCUGAAAUCCCAAUAAAUCUGUUAUUCAAUUCCUUUUCUCUUUUGCCCUUUUCUUGAAUCUGUUUGUUUAUGAGACCCAUGUAUGUAUAUAUAUUAUUAUAGUUAUAGAAUACUUACAUUGUAUAGAUUCUAGAUGGAUGUAUUCAGCAUCGUGGUCUUCACGUCUAAUCUCAAUCAAUUCCCACACCCUUGCAUAAACAACUGAAUGUCUGAGCUGUGUUCGUCUAUUUUACUGCAAGUUUUUUGUUUUUUUCUUUGGGGAAUAUAUAUAAUAGAAGUCAAACCCCAUCAGACAACAGCACAGUUACAGCUCAGUAGAAGUCUCCCCAUCUCUCUUGGAGGUGGAGAAUCACGGGCUGGUUGUAAGAGCAGAAGGGGUGUUAUUAUUUGGAUCUCUGUUGGGGUUGUGGUGGUUUUUUUGUUUGUUCUUGGUCUCAAUGCAUGCAUAUGAUGAACCAAAUGGAGUUCAAGAAGGAGAAGCUAGUGAGGUUUUGUAGUGAUGAAAAACAAAAUCUUGAAGUUUCCUGGGAAAAGGGUGAAUCCCAACCGGUAGAAAGGCCAGUGAGUUACAAGGUUUUGCCCUCCUUAUUGAACCCUGAAGGCAGGGCUGGUGAGAAGAAUAGAACAUAUGGAACUCUCAGCUUUGGGAGGUUUAAGGUUUUCCCAGAAAGUCAUGAACCAUGGAGGAAACGAAUUCUGGAUCCUGGCAGUGAUAUUUUCUUGCAAUGGAACAGAGUUUUCCUCUUCUCCUGUCUAGUAGCACUUUUUGUUGAUCCAUUGUUUUUCUACCUCCCUACUGUGGUUGGUGAUGGCAAUUCAUCAUGUGUGAAAACAGACUUGAAUUUGGGAAUUGUGGUUACCUGUUUUCGGACUAUUGCAGAUGUUUUCUAUCUGUUGCACAUGGCUAUAAAGUUCCGAACUGCUUAUGUAUCCCCAAGCUCAAGGGUGUUUGGAAGGGGUGAACUUGUUAUGGAUCCAAAGGAGAUUGCCAGGCGGUAUUUGAAAUCAGACUUCUUCAUAGACCUGGUUGCAACAUUGCCUCUUCCUCAGAUUGUCAUAUGGUUCGUAAUUCCAGCAAUUAGAAGCUCCCAUGCUGAUCAUACCAACAAUGCCCUUGUGCUAAUUGUUUUGCUCCAAUAUGUUCCCAGAUUAUAUCUGAUUUUCCCGUUAAGUUCUCAGAUUAUUAAAGCCACAGGAGUUGUCACAAAAACUGCUUGGGCAGGGGCUGCAUAUAAUCUCCUAUUGUAUAUGUUAGCUAGUCAUGUCUUAGGGGCAUCAUGGUAUUUGUUGUCAAUAGAACGGCAUGCAACAUGCUGGAAAUCAGUUUGCAGAAAGGAGCUUGGCCCUAUUAGAUGCUUUCUUCGUUUCUUGGAUUGUGGUACUUUGGACGAUGAUGAUCGCAGGAAGUGGAAUAAUAGUACUUUUGUGUUUAGUCACUGUGAUCCCAGCAAAGACAUCAGUUUCAAUUAUGGAAUAUUUGGAGAUGCGAUAAAAAAGAAUGUUGUAUAUUCAAAGUUUCUCGAGAAGUACUUCUAUUGCUUAUGGUGGGGCUUGCAGAACCUAAGUUCAUAUGGCCAGAGUUUGUCUACAAGCACAUUUAUUGGGGAAACUGCAUUUGCCAUACUUAUCGCCAUCUUGGGCCUGGUUCUGUUUGCUCAUUUAAUCGGAAACAUGCAGACCUACUUGCAAUCUAUCACUGUGAGGCUUGAGGAGUGGAGGCUCAAGCGAAGAGACACAGAGGAAUGGAUGAGACACCGUCAACUACCUCAAGAUCUGCGAGAGCGUGUUAGGCGGUUUGUCCAAUACAAGUGGCUUGCUACUCGUGGAGUUGAUGAAGAGUCAAUUUUACGUGCCUUACCUACAGAUUUACGUCGAGAUAUCCAGCGCCAUCUAUGCUUGGACCUUGUUCGACGUGUUCCCUUUUUCUCACAGAUGGAUGAUCAGCUACUUGAUGCAAUAUGUGAGCGCCUAGUAUCAUCCUUGAGUACUCAAGGUACCUACAUAGUUCGCGAGGGUGACCCAGUUACAGAGAUGCUCUUUAUUAUCAGAGGGAGACUAGAGAGCUCAACUACGAAUGGAGGCAGAACAGGUUUCUUCAAUUCAAUUACUUUACGGCCAGGCGAUUUUUGCGGGGAGGAGUUGCUUGCAUGGGCAUUACUUCCCAAAAUUACUCAGAACUUGCCCUCUUCAACAAGAACAGUAAGAGCCCUUGUUGAGGUGGAAGCCUUUGCACUGCGAGCAGAGGAUCUCAAGUUUGUUGCAAAUCAGUUUAGACGUCUCCAUAGUAAGAAGCUGCAGCACACUUUCCGCUUCUACUCUCACCACUGGAGGACCUGGGCAGCCUGCUUCAUUCAGGCUGCUUGGCGCCGGUACAAGAAGCGGAUAAUGGCAAAGAACCUCAGCAUGCGAGAGUCAUUCUCCUUUGCUGAUGACGAUGACCAUGCAGAUGAUGAAGAUGAAACCGAACAAGAGGAUGAAGGGAGCUCCACAAAAUCAAAUUCUUCUCAGGCAAAGCAGCAUCUAGGGGUCACCAUACUGGCUUCAAGGUUUGCCAAAAACACAAGGCGAGGAGCUCAAAAGGUCAAGGAUGUUGAAAUGCCCAAGCUGCAGAAGCCUGAAGAGCCAGACUUCUCGAUUGAGCCAGAUGAUUACUAGUUGAACACUGCUAGAUUAUAUAUACCACAGCCACAACUAUGACCCUUGCAAUUGAAAACUCUCACAGAAGUCCAUCAAAAGAUCCCCAGAAGGUUACAAAAAAUAACCCAUAUGACAAGAUCAAGCAUAAACAGCAAGGUAUGAUCUCAAUAGAUGUAUUAUUGAUAUUCCUGUUGGGUCACUUCACAGAUACUACACUAGAGGAUCUCUUUGUAAAGUGAUAUUUCUUUUACAUAUUAGUCAGAGUUUAUGAGCCUGCAAAAUGGCUUGGUCUUUAUAUUUUA